AUUUUUGUUUUUAACGUGCGCAUUUAUCGGUUAACGGUAGAACAUCUUCGCAGCUGACCUAAGUGAUGGCCGCCCUACAUUCCAGUUGGGGUUUAGGCAAAAGGAAAAGCAAAUUACAAUUACGCAUUAAAGUCUCCCAGGAUCCGGAGGACUUUUAUCGCUUGGACCCAAAAAAGUCAGCAGCCGAAAAUGCACACGAUAUCUAUGGACAGCUAUGUCUGGAGGAGACGCGUGACACCAAGAGGCUUUUUCUGCUCAAUGCGCUUGCUUCACUUUGCCUGGCGGCCAACAGCGGCUCGCCGAACAAUCAACUGCGCUUCAGCACCGAGGAACUGCUCUACUGCUUGAGCGCAUCGCUGGUCCAUACGUUUACGCAAGUGCGUGCCGCAUCGCUGCGCACCAUACGCUAUGCGCUGAACACGGGGAAGGAUGUGAGAGCAUUCAAUUCGCUGCAAUUGCAGCAUUUGUUAUGUCGCUCCAUCGAUCUGAUGCUGAAGAACGAUGAUGAGCGCGUGCAGGCCCUAAAGCUGGUGCGCAAAAUGCUGGCCAUUGCGCCCGAGGAGAUCAGUCCGGUUGUGAUGCGCUGCCUGGUGUCGCUGGCCGACAGCGGCAUUGAGGAGAGCGACAAUUUACUGCGCGCCUGCCUAGCAACGCUUGCUGAAUUCGCUGUCCUACAUCCGGCGCUGCUUAUUGUCUGCGGCGGUGUCACCUCCAUUACACGCAACGUGCUCGAGUGCCACAAUCCGCGCAUUGCAGAAAGCUUAUGUGGCGUGCUCCUCUAUCUGCUCGAGUGGCCGCAAACGCGCAACAUCUGCGGCGUGCGGCUCGAUUGCCUGGCAGCGCCCUACUGCGACUUUACCUAUAGACUGGGCAUCAUGGAUAAAAACAAAGAUGCACGCGAGUUACGCUACACAAGCUGUCGCUUGGCGCUGCUUUCGGUGCUGCGCAGCUGGACCGGCACACUUGAAUUCUGUGAUCCAAGCAAACCUUCAGGCUUAAAAGCAAUAGUUGACGCUUUAUAUUUAAAUCAAAUAGAAGUUAGAAAAGCAAUAUUGGACUUGCUUUACGAGCUGCUCUCAAUACCGCAACCCAGCUGGACGGAUGACUACGCGCUGGCAUUGCAAACAGUUGAUCCCUCGGAUUUCCAGGACAAUUGGCUGUUGAGCAAUGGCUUUGUUGCUGCCGAGGGACGCGCCAUAUUGCCCAGCCUGUCGGGGCGUGCGCCUAAUGUGGUCGAACAGCAUUUGGCGCUGUUGCUUUAUAGUUUUUUAGAAACCGGACUGUUGAAUGCACUUGUGGAGGUCGCCGUUGGCAGCGAUCAGUUUGUGUCGGUGCGCGCCACAAUUUUGAUGGGAAAAAUUGUGCACUUGAUGCAUACGCAUUUGCCGGCGGAUAUAUGCAGCACUAGUCCGGCGCUGCCAACGCUGGUGGCGCAUGCCACACAGGGCAAUCAACAGGCGAAUGCAGCGGUCGCUGCGCUGCAGAAUUAUCAAAAGAUGCUCCGACAACGUCCUGCUGCUUGCAGCCUAUUUCUCGAUAGUAUUAUACAGGGUGGUGCACUGAUCCAUACGCGUCUGUUUCGACGCCACAUUAGUGCCUUGCCGGAGCAAAGCGGCGAGGUGCUACACAUGGCUGAUGGGAGCGGAGACGGCACCGAUGGCGCAAAUGGUGCCAGUGCAACGGGCACAUCCAGCUCCUUGUCGCCCACAUAUAGAGGCAGCGCCACCUUGGAACGCCCCAGACUGGAUUCGGUGUCCUCCAGCGAUGAGUCCAACUCGCAGGCAACCAACUCGCUGCGCUCGAGCUUUCGCUUAAAGCGCAAGUUCUUGCCGCGCGUCUUCUUUCUGGAUCACUUUCGCGCCUUUAAUCGUCUGCUCAUUGAAUCACAAGUGCUUACUGUGGAUCCGCUCAACUGGGACUGGGAGGUCAUCUCCACCAUACUGCGUUCAACCAGACUGGACUUUACGCUCGGCAAGUUCUUCAACAAGUUCCUCAAGCGUCUGGUGGAGUUUUUCAAGCCAAGCAAUCAACGCUUCUCGCACCAGGAGCUCGUGCCGGGCCACAGUCUGCCGGCGUAUGUGAGCGCUGGCAUGGACCUCAUCGAUGUGCUGCUCAACAGCAAUGAGCUGGAAUGCAUGCGCUGCAUAACGGAUUACUUUUCGGAUAUAAGCAAGCAGCUGCUGGCGGUAACCACAUCGAGUCGCGCCCAUGACUGUCUUUUUAGUCCGCAGCAUAUGAACAAUACCAUGUGCCAGAUGUACUUUCUCUACAUUGGACGCAUGUGCCACAGCAGCAAGGGCAUCGAGGUGCUCAAGAACACAACCGUAUUCGAAUAUCUGAUUACGUUGGUGCGUCAGACGGAUCAUGUGUGCUAUGUGAAGCUGAUUGUCUCGGGUCUGAACUACGCGUAUGAGAAGCAGCCGCGGCAGGUGCUGGAGAAGGCAUUGACUUUGGCUAAGGCGCGUGCUGGACGCCUUUAUGCUACGCAAUUUCUGGCCGUGCUGCUGCGUGCACGUCUGCCCAACUUUGAGGUCUGGGGCUUGCCUUUGAUUAUACAGCAGACCAAGGACGUGGAUCGCAGCGUAGUGCUGGCGGCCAUGGAGGUGCUGGAAGAGGCUUGUAAUGAUAACUUGUAUCUGGAGGAGGUCAUCAUGCUGUGGCCCAAUCUCAAGCAGCUGGGCGAUGUGGGCCGGCUGCUUAUGACGCGCUUCUAUUCCAUGUCGCGUGGCCUCAAUUGCAGCAAAGCUCACGUCGAGGCGGAGAUUAAGUACUGGUCCAGUGGCUAUAACAAGCGCUAUGUGCUGCUCCUCGAAGCGGACACCCAUGCCAGCUUAACGCUCCACGUGCGCAACGAGGAUGGCCACUAUUCCCGCCGCAACUGCAAUCAGCGUGCGCAGACACUGCCGCCAAAUAUUCCGCCACAUCUCUAUGGGCAGCUGGUGCAGACGAGCCAAGGCUUCACUGCAUUGCGCGAUCAUGGCGAUUUGCCUCAUCUGCUCGAGGUGCUCACCCGUGCCAAGUGCCACGACGAUGCCGAGUGCCUCGAGCUGAAAGCGGCCAUUUGGGCGCUCUGCCACGCCUCCACGCACUCGGACAGCAUUGAUUACUUCGUUGAGCUGAAUGCGCGGCUCUAUGAGAAGCUCAUACUGCUGGUGACCAAAUGCGAGGUGUACUCCGUGCGUGCCACUUGCUACAGCGGUCUGGGCCUCAUUGCAGGCACUCAAGCGGGCGCCAAUCUGCUCUUCAAGCUGAACUGGCUGAGCGUGCGGCAUGAUCGCAAUACCAUGUGGCCAGUGCAUCAGCCGGAGGAUUGGAUGUCGGGUCAAUUUACGCCUAUGCGUCAUCAAUAUGAGGAGAUGCCGCCGUACAAUUAUAUCGGCAUGGACGAUCACCUGUAUGGCUCCAGCUAUGGCAAUGGCAGCCUCUGGAAUUUGCUAGUGUGCAGCGGUGGGCAGCAGGCGCAGGAUGUCAACACCACAACCACCACCACCACCACCACUACCACGGACAGCGUGCGCACCGCUGGGGAUGAGCUGUUGCAGCACGUGCCGGUGGCCAGCCGCCCCCAAGGGGUGGCUGCCAAGUCAAAAACCUUGCCGGAGGGCAGCAAUCUGCGCCAGGGCAAGCAUCAGCGUUCGCUUUCCGAGUCGAAGACCACAGAUGUCAUUAGUCUGCACGCUGGCGGCAAUGGACAUGGCGGGACUUUGGUUCUGGGCUCGGCGCCGCAUGCGCAGCAUCGCAUACGCUACAAUUCCUGCACAGAUUCCAAUACCUCGGGGGUGAGCAGCUGCGAGUCUGUUACCGGACGCACUGCAGCCGCUGCAGCUGUGGCAGCGGGCAACUUGGGUGACUUCCAGCAAUUCCCGCUGAGCCCCAUACAGAGCAUGUCCAAUCUGCUGGAACUGCCCACGCUACAGCCAACGAAACUACUGCGCCGCACCUCGCUGCUGGGCACCAGCUUUCAGUCCCAUGCGCUCAGUCCGCUCUCGCUUAAAGGCUACACUCAGCUGCGUUCUCUGCGUGCGCACAGUCGUCCGGUGUUCUCGGAGUCGGCUGCGGAGAUUUAUGACUUUAUGGACAUUGUGGAUCGCUCGGAGAUGCGACCGCGCAAGUAUUCCUGGAGCGAGUCGAGUCGACGCACCAAGGUGCGCAGCUUGGACCGCCAGACUAUGCUCAAUAUGAUUACCCAACGUUCCUCGGAGGAGCUGCCACUGCCACUGCCGGCGCUGAAUGCGCCCAUCUUUUUGCCGCCGAACGUGUUGAGGGGUCCCUGCUAUGCGGGCAUUUGCCUGCCCAAGAACGCACUCGACUUGUUUCCCACGCGCAAUCUCAACCGCACCUAUGUGAGCUGCGAUAUACUGGACCAGGAUCUAACGGGACUCAAUCUGCUGAAUGUGCGCCCGCACGUCUCCAUGUUUCUCAACGAUUCCAUCAACAACGAGGCGGGCGAUGAGUCCUCUGUCAUAUCCUCGCUCUCCGACGUCAGCUCCUUGGCCAGUCGACGACCCCCCAGCAAGUGGCAGCAAGGUGGUAAGCAUGCGCGCAGCCAGUGCCUCCACUGCACCCGCUCGCGACGCCAGCAGCGAGUGCAAGCGCAGACCCAGGCCCAGGGUCAAGGUCAGGGUCAGGCUCAGGAUCUGAGCAGCGGCAUUCCAGCGCCAUGUGAGCUUUAUAGCAGCGCAGCGGCAGCGCUGGUUGCUGCCGGCAUGCAGGCGGGUCCGGCGUUGGCGCGCAAGAGCAGCAAUACCAACAGCAGCAGCGCAGGCGGAGCUGAAGGUGGCGCCAUACAGCUGGCGGACAUGAGCUUCCAUUCGCCGGAGAGUAUUUUGAGCGAGGAGAACUUGCCGGACAAACUGACCGCCUCCAUAUUGUACAAUGUGCAACGCUUGGCGAAUCCGGUGAGUGCCAAGCAGUCGAAGAUGGCACUGCUGGAGCUGAAGCAAAAGCAUCCGCAUGCCUUCCAGGACAUUUGCCUCUACUCGGAGGCGUGCAAAACACUCGGACGCAGCAGCUAUCGCAUGAGCGCCCGUCGAUUUCUCCAGGAGCUCUUUCUCGAUCUGAACUUUGAUACGUUUUACACGGAGCCGCAGCUGAUCAUAAGCUCACGCAAGCUGCAUGCGGAUGAACCAAUCGAAUCGAUGCUGAGCAGUAGCAAGAACUUGACGAUAGCGAUGGCGGUGAUGAGCAUGCCCACACCCAUGAACAUCGGCGGCACGGCAACGCCAGUGACGAUAGCGCCGACAAUGGUGACGGCCAACAAGAUGCAGCAGAAGCUGGCGAGCGUGUUCGAGACCAGCUGGGAGAAUCUGUUGGAUUCGACGCCACGCUUGAAUGCCAGCAGUGGGAGCAGAACUACGCGCCGAUCGCGCACCUCCAGCUGGCCCAAUGCUGCGGAGCAGGCUGUCAAAAACAUGUUGGCCAAAGAUCUCACUAAUAACAUGUUUUCCGAUGAUCUUGAUCUGAUUGCAAAUCAAAGAGAGCUGCAGGCCGACGAGCAGGAGCAGGAGCACGAAGAUGGGGAGGAGGAGCCAUUGUCUGAUGAUGGGAUGGAUGUAUGCGAUGGUAGUGGCGCUGUAACCCAAACCAGCAGCGUUAACACAGCCAAUACUGUGCUCCAUGCUGGCGAUAGUAGUUAUCACAUAACAUCAGCAACAGCAACAAACACAACGACAGAAGCAGCAGCAACAGCAGCAGCAGCAGCAGAGGAAAAAACAGCAGCAGCAGCAACAACAGCAAAAACAAAUGCGAAUCGGAAAUAUAUGAAAACGCUGGAGCUCAGCUGCACGAAGAAUAAAUUUCCCAUUAGAGAUCGCAGCCAGGUCAGCAUGCCGAUUACCGCAGAGAUGCAGCUAAGCGGCGAUGCCAGAGCAUUGUCGCCCGAAUCGGAUGAUUGCAAGUUUAUCACCACCAGUCUGCAGUCCAUGGGCUAUCGCCUGCACUGCGAGCGUCGCUUGCAGUCGUCCAAGUCGGAGGCGCUGCUCACGCGUGCAGGCGCCACUAGCAACAACAGCAACAACAGCAGCAGCCCCGAGCCCCCGACUAGCAGCAGCAGCAACAGCAGCAGCAAGUGGACCACAAGACAGCCAGAGCAAGAGCUAGCGAGCCACAAGCCUGGCAUCUAACUAUUCAUUUCAUACAAUGUAUAUCAUUAACACUUUGGUUUUAGUUGUAUAAGCUCCCAUGUCUGCCCUUAAUUUGUUUACAUUUCAUUUUGUAAUAUAUGAAUCAAAGCUUAUCAAACACCACACAACAUUAACAGCAAAAACUAUAAAUUGAUACUAAAUUUAUACACAGACAGCCAGAGACAUUGUAACUACAUUAAUUAUAUAAGUUAAUCGCAGUAGGUUUUUACUAUUACUAUUAAUAUAUUAUUGAUAAUGCUUUUUUUAAAUCAAAUUCCUAGACCUUAAG